GUCGGUCUCCAUAGCAGUCCUGGAUAGGUCACUGAGACGGUAGAACGAGCGAUAUGGUCUCCAAGGUUUUCUUCGUGUUGGUGGCGGCGGCGGCGGUGGCGGUGGUGGCGGCGGACGAGCGGCCACUCUACACCUAUGGAUCGGACUCUGAGGAAUCCUCAGAGGAGUCCUACUCAGUGGAGUCCUACGAAUCUACCGAAGCCAAAUACAACUUCAACUGGGCGGUCAAGGAUGCCCCCUCAGCCAACGACUUCGGACAGGCGGAGGAGAGGGACAACGAGGAGACGAAGGGAUCCUAUUACGUCCAACUCCCCGACGGUCGGCUGCAGGAGGUGACCUACUACGUGGACGGUGACUCAGGAUACAUCGCCGAGGUCAACUACGUCGGGGAAGCGUCCUACCCUGAGUCUGAUGAGUCGUCUGAGGAGUCCUUCGAGUCCUACGAGUCCUACGAGAGGCGUUAAGGAUGUGUUUGAAGGAGUGCGAUGUAGGAUUUUGUUAUGCUUGGUAUUUGGUUUGAAUGGAAAGUGUUCUGUUCAAAUUUAAUUCUUUGCUAAACUUAACAUUUUCUCUGUAUCUGGGUUCGAGGAGUCCUUCGAGGAGUCCUACGAGUCCUACGAGAGGCGUUAAGGAUGCUUCGUAGGAGUGGAAUGCAGGAUUUUGUUACGUUUAUUAAGUUGGUUUGAAUGGAAAAAGUUCCGUUCAAAUUUAUUCUUUACAAAACUUAACAUUUUCCUACACAAAGAUAAUUUAUUUUACUAUUUUUUACUGACCCAAAAUGCCUGUUCUCAAUGCUCAAAUGUCUACGUAAAUAUUUAUGUAGUAUUAUCUAUCUUAUCAUCACCUAAUACUCCUCAAUUGCAUUUCCUUAAGGUUAAACUCUCUACCUUCCUGAGCCUUGAACCUUAUACUUGAACCUGAUAUUUGAAUUUUAUAUUUGAACCUUAUCCUUGUACUAUUUAUUGACGUAUUUAUGUAUCAAAGUAUAUUCUAUUGUAAUAAAUCGGGUGUCCUGCCCAAUGCAAGCAA